AACUGGAUAUAAGAUAUAAGUUCAGCCAUGGGGACAGAGACGGGGUCCUGAACCGACGUAAGACGUAAGAUACCAGGAUGAGGGUGCUCCUGAUUUUGUGUGCUGUGCUGGUGCUACUUUGGUCCACUGUCCAGUGUCGCCCUAGCCAUGAUCACAGUCACCAUGGCAAUGAUCACAGUCACCAUGACAAUGAUCACAGUCACCAUGGCAAUAACGACUUCAGCAUUUCUGCCAAUGGAAGCCUGAAGAUAUACCAGGAGAACCUGGACUUUGCUUUCCGUCUGUACAAGCACAUCUCCGCCCAGCCCGAUUCUCAGUCCAAGAAUGUCUUCUUCUCCCCGCUGAGCGUGUCCGUGGCCCUGGCUGCUCUGUCCGUGGGGGCCAGAGGGAAGACGCACCAGCAGCUCUUUGAAGGUCUGGGCUUCAACAGCACAGAAAUCACCACAGAGGAAGUGAGCCAGGCCUUCCAACACAUCCAUCACAACCUCAAUGAGAAAACGGGCAUAGACCUGUUGCUCGGGAACGCACUCUUCAUUGGACAAGACUUCAAGCCACGUCCUGAGUUCCUGGAGAGCAUGAAACGCUAUUACGAGUCAGAGGGUUUCAGCACCGACUUCAGCAAGACUGAAGAGGCCAAGGAACAGAUCAAUAAGUAUGUCAAUGAAAAGACCAAGGGUAAAAUAACAGAUCUGGUUCAGGAUGUGGAUCCACUGACAGUCAUGUAUAUCAUCAACUACAUAUACUUCAAAGGUAAAUGGCAGAUUCCAUUUGAUCCCAAAGCAACCAAGGAACACGACUUUCAUGUUGAUGAUAAAACAACUGUUUCUGUUCCGAUGAUGUAUGAAGAGGACUAUUUUCAUGUUUAUCAAGAUGAAGACAUCUCCAUUCUCCAGCUGCAUUAUAAUGAGUCUGUCUCAAUGAUGCUGGUGCUUCCAGAGAAAGGAUUGCAGGGUCUGGAGGAAGUGGUCUGCAAAAACCAUUUGCAGAAAUGGAUCAGAUCAGUGGCGAUGAUGAAUUACCAAGUGUAUGUUCCAAAACUGUCCCUUAAGACCUCAUAUGAACUCAAAGAAAUCCUUCCUGAAAUGGGAAUCACUGACAUAUUUGGGGAUACUGCAGACCUCACUGGAAUAUCAGAGGAAAGGAAACUGGCUGUAUCUAAGGUUAUGCACAAGGCUACCAUAGACAUGGACGAGGCUGGAGCAACAGCAGCCGCAGCCACAGGAAUCGGAGGCGGAGGGUCUUCACCGGGAUUCCCCGCACCAACCCCCGUCUUGAAAUUUGACCGUCCUUUCAUGGUUUUUGUGCUCAAUUGUGAUACCAGAAGUAUCAUGUUCAUGGGAAAAAUUGUGAACCCAGCAAAAUAAUAAAAUUGCUGUAUAUGUAUGUGUA